AGUUCUAAAGAUUAUUCUUCGGUCGUAAUAUAAUAACCAGUAGCUACCACAAUACGACAUGACUCAAGAGGAGCAGAAGAAAAACGUAACAGAGCCAAAAACCGCCGUGUCAAACCCUUCACCACCGUCCUCGGAGGAGAAGACCGAUGAUUCCAAAGCUCUUGUUCUCAUCGUUGCAAAAGAACCUGUGGAAGAGAAGAAAGAAGGUUCAGUUAACCGAGAUGAUGUUUUGGCUAAACUCGAGACAGAAAAGAGGAUGUCUCUCAUCAAAGCUUGGGAAGAGGCUGAGAAAUCCAAAGUGGAGAACAAAGCUCAGAAGAAGCUUUCUUCAGUUGGAGCUUGGGAAAACAGCAAGAAAGCAUCUGCGGAAGCUGAGCUAAAAAAAAUAGAGGAACAACUCAUUAAGAAGAAGGCCGAGUACGCAGAGCAAAUGAAGAACAAAAUAGUUCAAAUUCACAAAGAAGCUGAAGAGAAGAGAGCCAUGACCGAAGCUAAGCGUGGGGAAGAGAUUCUCAAGGCCGAGGAAAUGGCUGCAAAGUACCGAGCCACAGGAACUGCCCCAACAAAAUUAUUUGGCUGCUUUUGAGUUAUGUGGAUUUUGAUGUUGCUUUCAUGUAUUUUUUGUUUUGCUUUCACGGCUGUCGUCAUUAAUUUUAAAAGAGUAAGAAAGGUUUCUUUGUGGUUUAGGUAGUUGGUGCUGGUUUAAUUUGGCAAUAUACACUCUUAAUGUCA